GCACACGGCGCGGCGCCCGCGCACCGAGCGGACUCCAGCGGUAUGGAGCCCCCCACGUUCGAGAGCCGGCCCCUGACCACCGUGAGGGCCGCCCCCGGCACCGACGCCUGCCUCCAUAUCCCUGCACCGGCGGGCACCCCUCCCUUCCACUACCGAUGGAGCCGCGCUGGGGCGUCGCUAGACGACCGCUUUACGACUUCGGACGAGGUCGGUGGCGUGAGGCUGACGGUGGCCGCCGCCCGCACCGGGGACAGUGGCGUGUACACGUUGCAAGCCAGCAAUGCGGGGGGCCGGGACUCGGCCCGGGUGCGGCUGGAGGUGUCGGCGGAGGAGGCGCCCACCGGCGAAGACCCGCCCACCUUCCUCCGCCGUCUGCAGGAUCUCACCGUCAAAGUUGGCGCCAGGACCAGGUUCCUGGUGGAGAUUGUCAGUUCUACGGAAUGCAGAGUGACGUGGUACCGCAACGAGCGUCGGCUGCUGGAGGCGGAGCGCGUGUCGCUGGUGCGCGACGGCAACUUCUGGUGCGCGGAGCUGGCGGCGGUGAGCGUGGACGACGCCGGCCGCUGGACCUGCACCGCGGAGAACAACGGCGGCCGGGCCAGCUGCUCCGCGCACCUCAACGUGCUCGUACCGAAAGCUUACAAAAGGCCCGAGUUCGUGGAAGAGCUGAGAGCGCUCCUGACCGAGCAGGGCACCGUUUCCCUAGAGUGUAAAGUGGUCGGGGUGCCGACGCCGGUGCUGCGCUGGUUCAAGGACAGUAGGGAGAUAAAGGCGGGCGACGUGUUCGCACUGACGGCGAGCACGGAGGACCCCACGUCGCUGGGCACGUACACCUGCGAGGCGGUCAACUGCAUGGGCCGCGCCUACUCCUCCUCCAAGGUGCACGUGCUCGGCCGCGCCGCCAGCGAUGCGCCCGCCACCAGUGCGUCAACGCUAGAUCCACCCCCGAUUUUCACGAAGGAGCUGGAGGACCAGUUCGUGAGGAUCUGUGAGCCGCUGACCCUCAGCUGCACGGUGAUGGUCCCGCCGUGGCCCCGCAGCGUCGUCUGGUACAACAAGGAGGGCAAGCUGGAACCCGGAGAAAGAUAUCACUUGGUGGAGGACGGCGUGGGCGGGUACUUGCUGGAGGUGGUGUCGGCCGAGUGGCCCGACGAGGGCGAGUGGAAGUGCGUCGCGACCAGCUCCGGCGGCCGCGUGGGCAUCUCCACCUGCUACGUCACCAUGGACGUUCCGAAGAACUAUCGGAAACCUCGUUUCAUGGAGAAUUUGCAGGCAGUGUUGACGGAGGAGGGGCUGGUCUCCUUCGAGUGCAAAGUGGUGGGGUUCCCCACUCCAGUGCUCAAUUGGUUCAAAGACGGACAAGAGUUAAAACCGGGAGAUGUCUACCAGCUUACCGGCACCAACUCAUUGGGAUCAUACUGCUGCAUCGCUCGCAACUGCAUGGGCCACGCGAGCAGCUCUGCGGAGCUCACUGUCGAGGACAUCCAGAACCAACUCAACGAGGAAGAGAAACUGCAACUGUUCUCCAAAAACCAAGCGCCUAAGUUUAUACAAGGACUGAAAAGCGUCGAAGCAAAGAUCGAUGAAUCAUUCCGUUUUACUGUUAAAGUCGCUAUUCCGCCUGAACCAUCAGUACUCUGGUACAGAGACGACCAGCCCGUCGACGAGUCUACCCGUUGCCACUUAGUGAAGGAGGACCGAGGAGUAUUCAAUCUAGACAUACAAGCACUAGAGCUCCUAGACCAGGCCGAGUGGAAGUGCGUCGCCAUGAACGAUUUCGGCCACAGUGUCACUUCAUGUUUCCUCAAACUUAUCAUACCGAGACAUUACAAAAAGCCCCGUUUCCUCGAAAACUUGCAAGCUAUCCUUUCCGAUGAGGGAGCCGUUAACUUAGAAUGCAAAGUAAUAGGUGUUCCCCAACCUGUACUUAAAUGGUACAAAGAUGGAGAAGAAUUGAAACCCGGCGACAUUCACCGAAUAAUAUCUGGACAAGAUGGCACAUGCUGUCUUGGAACUUACACUUGCGAAGCCCAAAAUUGCAUGGGCAUCGCUGCUAGUUCAGCUUCUUUGCUCGGUUUUGAUGAUACAAUCAAAUCUAAGAGUAAAAAGAAAGCGGAAGAACAAGCAUUACAAAGAAACCUUUCUCUCAGCACCAUUCACGAGGAAAGAACUUCGCAAAUGUACGAUACGCCUGUUGGUGAUAUCACACUAGACGAUAAAGGUGAAAUUUCAUUUUCUUUCGAUGGUAAAGAAGUUUCAGUGUCAUUAUAUGAAACACCCGAUUUAACUGAAGAAGAAGCUUUGCAAAUAGUAGAAAUGUAUGCUGAUCAAUUAUCUGAAAAUGUAACUGAGCACAAUGUUGUUGAAUUACCGCCUUUAAGAUUUGUAAAAGAGACUUCGACUUCUGGCAACUUAUUAAUGGAAGCUAUUAUUAUUGACGUGUCGCCAGAGUAUUUUGCAUCUCCUGAAGAAGACUUAAGAACAGAAGCGGACGUUGAAGAUUUCUCCAUAGCUGAAGAAAAUGCCGCCCCGCAGUUAUCUUUAGAUCAAGAUGUUAGUGGCGAAGAUUAUUUAGAAAAAACUAUGGCAUUGUUAUCAGAUGAAAAGUCGGAUGUUCCGAAAAAAAUGUUAAGAAAAAAAUCUGAUUCCCAGAGAAGUGCUGAUGACUUCUACAGCCUAUCUCGUGAUCAGUCACUUUCAGAGGAAAAAAGGGAUGAUGACACUCAAAUAAUGUCAGAAAGUGAUUUACAGAGUUUUGCUAGUGCGCGAAGUUUAGAUAAACCUAAAUCAAAGUCAUCAAAACCUUCUCUUGGAGAUGGACAAGAGUCAUCUGAUUUUACAAAAACAAUUUUAAAUAAAGAAGAAGUGAAUAAAAUGACUGAGCAAGAAACUCCCGUUUUGAAACCAAGACGAGAUCGACGAAGUAGUCGGAGUUCAAGACGGUCCAGUUCCGGUAGUGAAAAAUCGUAUACAAAGUCAGGAGAAGAGCCUAAACCACUUAAAACGCCAGUUAACUUAGAAACGCAAUCUAAAAGAAUGAUAAUGUCUGAUGAAGACUUCAGAGAAAAAAUUAAUGUUAUCAGUGUUUCUAUAUCUAAAAUAAUAAAUGACGUUCAAAUAAUUGAAAGAGAUAUUAUACUCAAGUCUGAGCUAAUGUCCUCAGCUGCUACUGCAUCAAGAAGUUUAGAAAUCAUUAGUAGUUUAAUUAAGCCCUUAUCCGAAAUACAAAGUAUUGCUGACGUAAUAAAAGAGACCGCCUUAGAAUCCAAAGAAGUCAGUAAUUCACUUUUUAACAAUCUACCUCAAUCGCUGAAAUCCCUUUACCAAUCAUUAACGAUUGUUGAAAAAUGUAUAGACGUAGAAAGUGAUAAUAAAACUCUUGUAAAGAAAACAUGUGUUGCAUUUAUAGAGACCUGUGGUGAAGAAAUGAAGAAUUGGAUGAACGAAAUUGUAAGCAUAACUGAAAAAGACUACAUUGUUGCUGAAACCAAGACUAUAUCAGAAAUAAAUUCAUUGGUAAAUGAAAUGAAUACAGUUGUUAGAUUUUCUGCUGAUACAAUAAAAGCCAAAAACUUAUUGACUGAAGCAAGCGAGAUCAAAACAGAGGAACAUUCUUUAGAAACAAAACAUUUAAGAGAUACACAAAAAGCAAUAUUUGAAUUGAAAAGCCCACUUAAAUCGCUAUUAUGUAUAGUUGAUGCUGCUGAUAGUACAGAUUUGAAGGACGUUUGUAGAUUAAAAAGUAGUGAAGUCAUACUUAACGAUAUGUCGGCUUCCAUUCAAGACCUUCAAGUUGCAUUAGAGAAUAUUGAAUCAUUGUCUGUGAAAGAAUCUACUUCGACGGUGUGUAAAUACAACACAGAGAUAAUUGAAACAGUUAUGGAGUCAGCAUUAAAGUUAAGAAGUUCCUUUGAACAACUUUCGAUUGAAACUAAACAAGAGGAAGAUAAGGAACUAUUAAAGCAAAUAUUAGUAUCCAUUAAAAAUAAUUUAAGUGAAAUAUCAUCUCAGAUUCAGACAAUUGAGAACAAAGUUGGAUCUUUCGACAUCCUUCAGAGUGAUAAUAAAUUAGAGGUUUUGCAAAAAAUGGCUCAAAUAUUGAUAUCUUUAGAAAAUAGCAUACCGCAGUUAGAUGCUAUUCCUAAUAUAAGGAGUCAUAUGGGUAUAUUUCAUAAAAACCUAACAAAAGUAUUAGAAAAUGUGAUUGAAAGUAAUGAAGUUACGAAAUAUUUCAUUUUUAUGGAAAUUUGUGAGGCCGUGCAUAGGCUGAAUAACUCAAUAUUAAAUAUAAGCUCCGAUAAUAUUUUAUAUUUAUCUAGCAUAAGCAAUACCUUAGAAAUUAUACAGGAUACAUUUGUUAGACAUAUAUUUGAAUCAGAACUUAAUUGCGCCAUCCUGACUAACAUUACCGACGUAUUGUUAAGUGUACAGGAAGUAUUGAACCGCGCUGACGAAGUUAGUCUUCAAUUAGAUUCUGAACAUACUCAAAAUAUUCCAUCUAUUGCUUAUGAUAUAAGCGCCGCUAACGUUAUCAUAGAACACAUAGAUCAGACAAUAGCAAUAAUCAAAACAGUUAAAGCUAUCGAAUCUACCAAAGAAAUUGAAAAAAGCGUUACUCCAAUAUUUGAAAACAUUUGUCCUAUACUAGAAGAUCUAAAACGAAACAUUGCUAGUGUGAGAUCAACUGACAUAAUUGCAGACGAAAGGAUUUCAGAAUUAUCUGUUAGUUCUUUCGUAAAAAGUCUUGCGACUCCUCUUUUGGAGUUAAAUCAGAAUAUAUUAACUCUAAACCAAUAUAUAGUUGAAAAUUUAGAAAGCUUUAAAGAAAAUAAUGAAUUUGUAUCCGCAAUUGCUGAACCUCUUCAAGAGUUAUAUACUACUUUGCAAAUUAUACAACAAGACGUCAUUUCACAAUAUGGCGAAAACGUAGCUCCUUAUGAAGUUAGCAUUAACAUGAUUAGUGCAGUUCAAAAUUUACAGAGUUGUAUCGUUUUAAUAGAAGAACAAAAUGCAGUAGAAGGUAUUGAUGAAAUGUCUACAUUAGAGGACGUAUCAGGUAUAAAAACUACAGCAGAGACCAUACCAUCUGAACGAUUGGUAUUAGCCGCAGCAGAAGAAAUUGGUAUACAUCAGUCAGUUGAACCUUUUGACCAGGAAAUUGCUCAGUCAGUCAUAGCACAAACUUUACAAACACUAAAUCAACAUAUAGCAGUGCUUCAGAAUCCAGAGGUUUUAGAUGCCCUCGAUACGCUAUCUGAAGUGAGUGAUUAUUGUAGUUUAAAAUCGGUUGCUUUAGGCUUAGGAGAGCUGCACUCAGGCCUAGAAGAAUUAUUGCAUCCCCUUAUUAUAGAAAGUUCGGAUGAAAUAGCAAAUUUAGUUAAUACUAAUAAGUUGAUAGCCAUUGCGGAACCGAUGCAAGAGCUCCAUCAUAGUUUAUCCGUGCUAGAUACAAAUAACAUUCCAGUUUAUGAACAUAUUUUAGAAAUACCUACAGAAAAGAUAAAUAUUGUAUUGAAUACAAUUUUUGAAUUUAAGGAAUCCUUGAAUGAAUGUAUAAAAUUGAUAUUCCCAGCUAUAGAAACGACAGAUAAAACAGUAGAAAUAUCGAAUAAAGUUGAAGCAUUAAGAGGAAUAUGUGAACACUUUAAAGUUGUUCUACAGGCAUCAAAAACAGUGCCACAAGGAGUUCCUGUUGUUCAAGAGCUACAAAUUCUUGAAGAAACUGUUGACAAUUUACUUAAUGCUACAGAUGUAUCUAAAGGCAUUCAAAUUGAUGAAGUGAAAACUGUAACUGAACAAUUGUAUGGAAAAAUUUUAACUAUCCAAGACGAUUUGAUACAAUACACGCCAUUUACAUCUGAAAGAUUAGUUGAUGAAGCAAAGUUGAUAAAAUCUAUAAACGAAAUUGAAAAUAAUAUAGCUGUAUUAGAAGAAUAUGAGUUUGUGGAUUUAUCUCGUGUUUCACAUUUGACGUCAUGUAUAACACCGCAGAAUGCAACUGAAAUAGAAAUGGACUCAUUGAUUCAAAUGGAUAAUAUACUUCAAAGCGCUGUAAAUGUUGCUCAUGAUUCCUUGCAGUUUACACCUGUGGCUGAUUUAAUGAUAUUAGAGGACUUUUUCACGACUUGUAAAAACGAGUUCACUAUUUUACGUCACUUAAUAACUAAGUCUCUGAAUCACAAAAAAACCAUACGCCUUAUCGAAGAAUUUGGCUUUAUUCAAAAAUUAGUAAAAGAUUUCGAAGGUAAACGAUGUGAUUUACAAUUCACCGAAGACAUAAAUAAUUAUUUGACAACAUUUUUCAUACAAGUGAAUGAAAAUCUGGAAACUGUUCAGAAACAAGUCUUAAAAGUACUAGAUUGUCAAUCAGAAUUGUUAUUUAAAAAACCACGCGAUGAAAUUGAAAGAGCUAGUUUGCUUUUGAAAGAUAUAUUAAGUAAAAAUGUCGUUAAGUCAGUAGUUUUAGAACAAGUAAUUGUAAAAUUUUUAGAAAUUAUAGAUAUUGUUGAUCCAAAAUUAAAAAAUCUUCAAGAAAGUAUUACGAAAGAAAUAAAGUAUUCAGUAAGGGAGUGUCCUGAUGAGGAAAAUCGCUUGUUUGAAAAGAUGGCAGAUAUUUUAAAUGUUGUCGAAGUAAAUUCUUUAUCUGUUUCGCUAGAUGAUCUAAAUAAGAACAUCCUGCUAAAAAUUUUAAAAUGCUUACAAAAACAUCAGAUUUACAAAGAUGCUUCGGGAUCGGUGAAGUAUUUAAUUAUAUCAAAAUGUCUUUCUGAAUGUGGGAAUAUACUUCAAAAUAUUACUCCACAUACAAAAAAUCCUGAACCUGUCGUUGAAAUGAAAAUUGAACAUAACACUCUUAAGGCAAUCCUUAGUGAAAUGCUGGUACCUCUUCAAGCACUUCGUGGACAAGUCAUGAGUAUUCAAGAAAAAGUUUGUUCUAAUGCUGAAGAAGAUUCGGUUUCUGUAGAUAUUGCAACUACCGAAUCUAUAAUGGAAACUAUGUCUGAUAAACAUAAACAAUUUUUAGAACAAAUCGAAUCUCCUGACACUGUUAUUAACAAUGAAAGCUUUUCUUUAAUUAUGGAAGCGGACAAAGAAAUACACGUUAUACAUGAAAGCUUGAAAUUAAUUGACAAUGCACCAGUUGUAGAAGAAUUAAAAGAAAUCACUAAAUCCGUUGAAGAAUUAGAAAAAUCAUUACAUAACGUUUUGGUUAAAGAAUUUAACGAAGAAGAAAUUAUUGAAAAAUGUUCUAAAGGUAGGUUUUAUUUACGACAGUUUUUAUAAAUUUUAAAUAAAAUCUUAUAAUGCCUUAUAAUUUUCAAUUAAUUAUGCUUUACAAAAUUUAUUUCUAGAUGUCAAUUCUAAUAUAGAUACCUUGGAAAAUGCAUUAGAUCGUUUCUUAUAUAUUGAAACAGAUAUAUUGGCUGUAGUAGAUAUGUUUAGUGAAAUUGACAUUAAAGAAUGCUUGAAAUUGGCUCGUGAAUUAAAAAACAUAACAGAAUUGACUACAGUUAUUGACGAAAAGCGGAAACUAAUUACGACAUUAAAAAAUAUUCUGUCCAAUUAUGAUUGGCUUAAUACUGAUAAGUAUUUGGAAGGAAAGAAACCUUUAGAAAUUGAAAAACUAACAAAUAUCUUUUUAACAACUUAUCAACUAUUAACAGAAUUAAACUUAUCUGAUGAUAGUACACAAUUCACUCCUAAAUUAAUUGAAGUAAAAACAGAAGGUAAUGCGAGUAAAUUUUGUGAUCGAUCAUUUGACUCUGCUUUGUAUAUUUAUACUUUAAAACUAUAUUUUUGAAAAUUGCUAAAACUUCUAAAUGGUGUUCUUUUAGUUUUUGUAGUUUUGCUAUGAAACUAUUUAUUUUACUUUUGUUAUGAUAGUAAAACAUUCUCUAUUUCUAGGAAAAUCGCUUCAGAUUAUACAAGACAUCAAUCAAUAUAUAGAACUAUUGGAAACUGUUGACGAAACUAAUGCCGUUUUCAAUAAAGAAGAACUUGAAGAAGUUAUUGAAGUAGCCCAAGAAUUACAGAAAAGCUUAAUGAUUAGUGAACAUAUCGCUACUGAACAUAGUGAAGAUAUCCCAAUCGAAUUUAAUAAUAUUCAAGUGGACUUAAUCCAUAAAUUACAAAAAGCUCUUUCAUCUUUGCAAGUUAAUGUUCUAGAUGUAGUUUCAGAAAUUUCUUCACAGAACUCUAAUGAGUUGUUACAAAAAAUUGUUCAAGUAACAUCUUCUUUACAUAAUGAUUUAUGUGCAGUAGUGAGUACUGAGGUAAAAGUAAUUCAACCCAAUAUCACUGAAGACUUAGAUAACAAAAAAACUUCUUUAAAAGGUACAAAAGACACUGCUGAGUGUUCAGUAUUAUCAGAAAGUAUAGAAACGAAUGAUUUCGGGAAACAAAUUUCUGAGAAUAUUCAAAGUGUAGAAAAUAUAUCGAUUGAGACUACAACUCCGGUUAUAAAGAAAGAAACUCAAUUAGGAGAUAUUGCCGAUGCUGAUAUAACAGUAUUAGAUGCAGUACAAAAACCGUCAAAAGUUCUAUCUGAGGAAGAUGAAUCAGUUACUCCUAAAGAUAUUCCUUCUCAGGAAGCAAUAAUUCAACAAAAGGAAUUAAGCACUACUAUUGCUAGUGAAAUGCUACCCGCAGAAUCACUUCUUCUUAAAGAAGUCGAGUUAUUGCCGGGUGAAGAAAUUGACAAGUUUCAAGUUAUUUCUCAAAAUACAGAAAACGAUGUUAUGACUGAAGUUAUGACUGAUUCAACGGCAAAAAUAUGUGAACCAUCCAAACAAGAGGACAAGAUAACAGGUGACAUCAAGCGUUGCAUAGAAGAUUUCAUUAAGCAAGAUAUUUCAGAAGUCGUUGAAGACCUAUCAACUGUAAUUGACGUAGAUAAUCUUAAAAAAUCCAUAGUAAUUGCAAAAGAAUUACUUGAAAAUAUUUUAACAUUAGAGUCGUCAUGGGAAGUAGAGUCUAGUGCAAUACUUCAGCCAUUGCAGGAAAUAAAAGGAAAAUUAACACAAGAACUUGAACAUUAUCUUUCUAUUAUACAAAUACAAUUAACGGACAACACAGAAAAUAUAACACCUGGAAAUGAAAACAAAAUGCAAAACGUGGCUUCUAUCACACUUAACUUGAAAAAUUGUCUGACUAAUGUAGUAACAACUUCAUCAGAUGAGAAGGUGGAAACCAUUGUAUCUGAUUUAUUAACGCCACUUUUGAAAGAAGAUCAUGCAAUUCAUAUUGAAAGUAUUGAUGCUAUAAUAACAGAGGAAGUUGUAUUGGACAAGCAUAUUUGCAGUAAUGUAGGCUCGAUAAAUAAAGAUUAUUCAUUAGAUAAUAUGGCCAUCGAAACUGAUUCAGUGACUGCUGAAGACCAAUCAGUUGCAGGUGUUGAAAAUACGACUUACAGUGACACUGCUUCUUCCACAGUAUUGGGUGGGGAAGAAGCCUUAGCAUCGUACAUUAACGAAGUGGUUCCAUGUGAUCUUGUUAAGUCCAUAACGAGUUCCGUUCAAAAAACCCCAGAAAAUUUAAUAAGCAGUGAUGUGAACAAAUCAGAUAUCUCAGAAACCACCGAUGUUGUUGCAAAUUUAGCAAAUGUAGAUGUGGGCGAAUAUGCACAAGAACAAAAAGGAACGCUAGUGCCUAGUGGAUUCCUUAAACACAUAGAAAACUUUUUGUCUGAUGAAAUAGCCGAAGCAAUUGAAGAACUUCCAAUAAUAAGUGCCACUGAUUUAAAAGAAACUGUAAACCUAGCAAAACAUUUAUAUCACAACAUGGCGAUCGUUCACGAUGCUGUUAAGGUGGAAGAAAAUGCUUCUCUCAUGCAAGAAGCUGAAAGUGCUCAAAUGGAAGUUAUGAAGAAAUUAAACACAUCCUUAACCGUAUUACAAACUGACGUUUUAGAAAAUAUUCAAAAAUAUGCUCCACAAUUAGCUGCUGAAAACGUACAGAAAAUUUCUGAAGCCGUUGAUAGUUUACAACAAGAUCUAAGAGUCAUCGUCACAACUACACCUGUUGAAUCAUUACCUGGUGAUGCACUAAUGGAAUCAACUAAAGAGGAGUCUAUGGAGGAACUAGAAAACUUGUUAAAAGACGUUAGUGAACGAAUUACUUUGUCUUCUGGCGAUAGAUCGGUAGAAGACACAGAAGUGCUCCGUGACAGUUUAGAUGAGGUCCAGACCGUAAUUAUUAAAUUAAAACGAGACUUUGAUGGCGCAAAUGAUACUCUCAAUGAAACUCUUGAAGACUUAGAGUGCAGUGUGAGGAGUGUCCAACUUCAGAUAACUGAAGAUAGCCCACCAGAUUUAUUGAAAGAAGCUUGUGCAACAUUACAAUUAUUGGUCAACAAUAUGACUGAAACACAUGAAGUGCACGUUUCUGAAACUAUACCUAAAGAAAUUAAAUCUGAACAUAUAUUGGACAAAUGCUCAGAAGAAACGGAACAAACAAUGCAAUUAUUGGAUAUUGCAUCUCAUAUUGAUAUUGCUGGACGUAGUCAUUUGAGUGACAUUGUUUCGAAUUUGAAUAAUCUGAGAAACACAAUGAAGGCACUAAAAAGUGGUUUUACUGGAAGUUCCGACAAUCUCAUAGAAAAAGGAAUUGAUAUUAUACAAAAUCUAGAUCAUAUUGAAGAGAAAGUAUUUUCUAUUGAGAAAGAUAUUGACUCGGAAGCCAAUCUUCCACAUCACAUUAGAGACAGCAUAGUUACUGCAAUACAUUCUGUAUAUGGCAGUCUUUCUAACAUGCGCAGUACCAUAUCAAGUAUUCAGAAACAGUAUAUGUUUGAAAAUUAUGGUAAGCCUUCGGAAAAUCUUUUGAAAUCUAUAAAAAACAUCAGUUUGUUGUGCAAAAAUAAAGAUAUAGAUAAAAUUAAAUGGAAAAAGUUUUCAAAAUCUUUACGAAACAUAUUGAAUCACUUUGAAGAUAUCAAAUUUUACAUUAAUCUAGACAAAACAGCUAGACUGCCUAGUGAUGCUACAUUUACGAAAGUGAUUAUAGAGGAACUUAAAAGCAACAUUGAGCAAAUUGCUACAUGUGAGGAGUUAGAUUCAGAAUCUAGACAUAAAAUUGCUAAUGCUUUAAAAUGCGUAGAGCUUGAACUAAACAAUAUUGAAAUAAGAUCUUCAUUAGAAGUAAAAGAAAAAAUCCCAAUUUUUAAAAAAAUAUCCUGUUGUAUUUUAGAUGUUACAAAAUGUGUUACAAACAAUUUAAUUAAUCAACUAGAAAAUAAAGAAGUUCAAGUGAUAAUUAAAAAUGAAAUUUUCACUGAGCAGUCUUUGGACCAAUUGGAAAUAAAAAAUGUAAAACAACAUAGUGCCGAACAGACUCACACAGAAGUGAUUUUAGGAACUGUAACAACGGAAGAGCAAAUAGUUCUUGAAGACGCAGCAUCACCAACUGUAGAUAAAUUUGAAUAUUUACCACAAAAACAACAGGUUGAUGAUUCAUCAAACACAAAUAAUGAUUUCAAUGAGUUGAUUUCUAUUGGUACUCAAGAAACAGUGGUUUCAAGUCAAGAAAAUACAGAAUGUUCAAUUGGACAUGACGAAGUCCAUGAUAAGAAAUACAGUAUAUUAACAGAUUUAGUUUUUAAACCUGAAUUUUUAAAAGCCCAAGAAGUAGAAGCAAGUACUAGUUUAGAGAGCAUUUCAGAUAUUAAGACAAUAUUGAAGGAAAACACGCAGGAAAUCAAUUUAAUACAGGAUCAUUCCUAUCAAAAUGUUGAAGAACUAAGUAAAUCACAGGUAAUUGAUGAGCAACAGGAAAUGAGAAAUAUACAGCCUGAAAUUGCAAUGUCCAUAAGCCAACAAAGUCCAGAAAUCACAAGUGACAAUCAUAAAUUGGCUGUUACAAAAUUUACAGAUGAAGCAAGUAUUAGUGGUGUUAGUGAUCAAGUAAACAACACUGAAGCAAGAACAUUUGAGGAAAAUCAGAAUGAAGAAAUCAAUAAAAAGUCUUCAGAAGAAGUUCUGACUGAAAAUAUUCAGGAGGUUCUACCAUUAACAGGUGAAAAUAUGCCGAUUAUGGAUUUAACACAUAAAUAUUUAAGUGGCAAUGUGGAACAACCAUGUGGUAAACAACUUGAAAAUGAAAAUAUGCAGGUCGAGAGUCAGUCAAAACAAUAUAAUAUAGAAAAAUACGAUGACGAUACCAUCAUCAAAGAAGAACAAAUCCCAAGCUUAAAUCAAGCAUCAAGCAAGGUAGAUGAUACAGAAAUUAAUGUUCAAAAACAGGUAAUAGAAAAGAACGAAACAGAUAAUUUUGAAAUGACAAAAGAGGAAAAGAUCGAAGAAGUAAAUAACACAAAUCAAAAAAUAAAAAUACAAGAACAACUUUUACAAAAACGAAAAGCCGAAAUGGCAAUAUGUGGAAAGGAAGAAUCCACUGAAAAGUUAGAGGGAAACAUAGAAGAGAAGGUAAAUAAGCUUCAGGAAGAAAUGAAAACUGAUGAAAGAGAAAGAAAAGAAAUAAGGUCUGUGGUUCAAAAUCAGACAUCUGAAGAAAAAAUUUAUACAAAACAAAAAGAAGCUGAUACAGAUAUGCCUGUGAAAGAUGAAGCAGAGAAAGAAAAACUGCUUCAGAAACAAGAGGGAGAUGAGGAUGAAAACACAAAAGAAAAACACAAGGAUGAAGAAGAAAUACUUCUCAACCCAGUAUCAACUCUAAAAGAAAAGAUAGAGAAAAAAACUAACGAUGAAAUUGAAAGAAAAGAUAAGGAAGAACAGAAUACUUAUAUUCAAGAACAAAAAGCUGAACAAAAGACAAGUAUAAAACAAGAUCUAGCUGUGGAAGAAAAUAUUGAGGACGGUACAGUAGUAAAAGACAAGGAGCUACAGAAAGAAAGAGAAAAAGUAGAACAGAAAGCUUUGAUUCAAAAACAAAAAACAGACGUAGAAACAAGCAUAAAACAAGAAUUAAAUGAAAAAGAAAAGAUUGAUGGAAGCAAAUUAGAAGAGAAGAUAGAGCUAGGAGAAGAAAAGGAAACCAAAGAAACUGAAAAACAAGGAGCUUCUAAUCGAACACAUAAACCCGAAGAAGAAAUACUACCAAAACAAGAAUUGUCACGAAAUGACAAAAAUAAGAAAGACAGAUCAGUAGAAGAGAAAAAGCCACAGGAAGUACAGGAAACAGUAGAAUUAGGAGAUUUUAAUCUAAAACAUAAAUCUGAAGAUAAAACACGUUCCAAUCAAGAAUUAGUUGAAGCAGAGAAGUUUGAGAAAGAAAAAGAAUUAAAGAAAAAGAAGGAAGAUGAGGCUUUUAUCCAACAGCAGAAAACUGAAGAAACAACAAGCAUGACACAAGAAUUAGCUGACAAAAAAAGUUGCGAGAAAGAAAAACAAGAAAAAGAUAAAAAACCACAAGAAGAAAAAUAUACUACAAUAAAAGAUAGUAUUCAAAUACAGACAUCUGAAGAACAUGUAUGUCUCGAGCAAGAAAUAGUUGACAAAGAAACAGUUGAGAAAGACAGAUCAGAAGAGGAUACCCAGCUUAAACAAAAAUCAGAUAAAAAAGAAAAAGAGCAAAAAGAAGUUAUUACGGAAAAUCAGAAAAUGGCGGAGACAAUAAUUUUGAAAGAAGAAUUAACAGCAAAUAAAAACAUUGAACACAAAACGGAAGAAAAGGGGAAAGAAUCUCAGGAGAAAAAAGAAGAACAGAAAGAUCAAGAAGCUUUUAAUAAAAAUCAUAAUAUUGAAGAGGAACACCAUUUACAACAAAAAUUGACAGAUAAUGACAACAAGGAAAACCAAGAACAAGAAAAAGAGGAACGAGAAGGUGAAAUUAAAAAACUAAUAACCGUAGAGGAAUUAUGUUUCCAACAAGAUAUUACUGAAAUAGAAAAUAAUCACAAUAAGCAACAACUUCAGGAAGAAAAAGUGGUACAGGAAUUUACAGAUAAAGAGAAGAUUAAGAAAGAUAAAAUGGAUAACGAGAAAAAUCAUCAGAAAGAAAAAAACGAUCAAGAAGCUCUUCUGCAAAAACAAAAAGAUGAACAGGAAAAACCUCUUAUACAAGAAUUAUCAGAAAAAGAAACGACCGAGGAAGAUAAAGUUGAAAAAGGAAAAGAACUUCAGGAAGAAGAAGAUAUUAAAGCAAGAGAAGAACAAGAAAAUCUUGUUAAAAAGCAAAAUUCUGUAAAUGACAAACUUCCAAAACAGGAAUCAUCUGAUAAGAAUAAGAUCGAGAUAGAUAAAGCUGAGACAGUGAAGUUUCAGGAAGAAACUCUUAUUCAGAAACAGAAAGCUGAAGAAGAAAAACAACUAGAACAACAAUUAGCUGAAAAAGAAAACAUUGAUAAAGAGAAAAAGCUUCAGGAAGAAAAAGAAAGAAAAGAAAAAGAGGAACAAGAAGCUCUUAUACAAAAACGGAAAACUGAAGAGGAAAAAUGUCUAAAACAUGAAUUAGCUGAAAAAGAAAACACUGAGAGAGAGAAAAAGCUUCUGGAAGAAAAAGAAAUAAAAGAAAAACAGGAACAAGAAGCUCAUAUUCAAAAACAGAAAGCCGAUGAGGAAAAACGUCUCAAACAUGAAUUAGCCGAAAAAGAAAACACCGAGAAAGAGAAAAAGCUUCAGGAAGAAAAAGAAAGAAUAGAAAAAGAGGAACAAGAGGCUCUUCUUCAAAAACAGGAAGCUGAAGAAGAUAAACGACUAAAACAAAAAUUAGCUGAAAAAGAAGACAUUGAUAAAGAGAAAAAGCUUCAGGAAGAAAAAGAAAGAAAAGAAAAAGAGGAACAAGAAGUUCUUCUACAAAAACGGAAAAUUGAAGAGGAAAAACGUCUAAAACAUGAAUUAGUUGAAAAAGAAAACAUUGAGAAAGAGAAGAAACUUCAGCAAGAAAAAGAAAUAAAAGAAAAAGACGAACAAGAAGCUCUUAAUCAAAAACAGAAAGCUGAAGAGGAAAAACGUCUUAAACAUGAAUUAGCCGAAAAAGGAAACACCGAGAAAGAGAAAAAGCUUCAGGAAGAAAAAGAAAGAAUAGAAAAAGAGGACCAACAGGCUCUUAUUCAAAAACAGAAAGCUGAAGAAGAAAAACGACUAAAACAAGAAUUAGACGAAAAAGAAAACAUUGAGGAAGAGAGCAAACUUCAGGAAGACAAAGAAAUAAAAGAAAAAGAGGAACAAGAAGCUCUUAUUCAAAGACAGAAAGCUGAAGAGGAAAAACGUCUAAAAUAUGAAUUAGCUGAAAAAGAAAACAAAGAGAAAGAGAAAAAACUACAGGAAGAAAAAGAAAGAAAAGAAAAAGAGGAACAAGAAGCUCUUAUUCAAAGACAGAAAGCUGAAGAAGAAAAACGUCUAAAAUAUGAAUUAGCUGAAAAAGAAAACAAAGAGAAAGAGAAAAAACUACAGGAAGAAAAAGAAAGAAAAGAAAAAGAGGAACACGAAGCUCUUAUUCAAAAACAGAAAGCUGAAGAGGAAAAACGUCUUAAACAAGAAUUAGCUGAAAAAGAAAACAUAGAGAAAGAGAAAAGACUUCAAGAAGAAAAAGAAAGAAAAGAAAAAGAGGAACAAGAAGCUCUUAUUCAAAAACAGAAAGUUGAAGAGGAAAACCGUCUUAAACAAGAAUUAGCUGAAAAAGAAAAUAUAGAGAAAGAGAAAAGACUUCAAGAAGAAAAAGAAAGAAAAGAAAAAGAGGAACAAGAAGCUCUUAUUCAAAAACAGAAAGUUGAAGAGGAAAACCGUCUUAAACAAGAAUUAGCUGAAAAAGAAAAUAAACAGAAAGAGAAAAGACUUCAAGAAGAAAAAGAAAGAAAAGAGAAAGAGGAACAAGAAGCUCUUAAUCAAAAACAGAAAUCUGAAGAAGAAAAUCGUCUUAAACAAGAAUUAGCUGAAAAAGAAAAUAUAGAGAAAGAGAAAAGACUUCAAGAAGAAAAAGAAAGAAAAGAAAAAGAGGAACAAGAAGCUCUUAUUCAAAAACAGAAAGCUGAAGAGGAAAACCGUCUUAAACAAGAAUUAGCUGAAAAAGAAAAUAUAGAGAAAGAGAAAAGACUUCAAGAGGAAAAAGAAAGAACAGAAAAAGAGGAACAAGAAGCUCUUAAUCAAAAACAAAAAUCUGAAGAGGAAUAUCGACUUAAACAAGAAUUAGCUGAAAAAGAAAAUAUAGAGCAAGAGAAAAGACUUCAAGAAGAAAAAGAAAGAAAAGAAAAAGAGGAACAAGAAGCUCUUAUUCAAAAACAGAAAGCUGAAGAGGAAAAACGUCGAAAACAAGAAUUAGCAGAAAAAGAAAGAAAAGAAAAAGAGGAACAAAAAACUCUUAUUGAAAAACAGAAAGCUGAAGAGGAAAGACGUAUAAAACAGGAAUUAGCUGAAAAAGAAAACAUUGAGAAAGAGAAAAAACUGCAGGAAGAAAAGGAAAGAAAAGAAAAAGAGGAACAAGAAGCUCUUAUUCAAAAACAGAAAGCUGAAGAGGAGAAACGACUAAAACAAGAAUUAGACGAAAAAGAAAACACUGAGAAAAAGAAAAGACUUCAAGAAGAAAAAGAAAGAAAAGGAAAAAAGGAACAAGAAGCUCUUAUUAAAAAACAGAAAGCUGAAGAGGAAAUACGUCUUAAACAAGAAUUAGCUGAAAAAGAAAAUAUAGAGAAAGAGAAAAGACUUCAAGAAGAAAAAGAAAGAAAAGAAAAAGAGGAACAAGAAGCUCUUAUUCAAAAACAGAAAGCUGAAGAGGAAAACCGUCUUAAACAAGAAUUAGCUGAAAAAGAAAAUAUAGAGAAAGAGAAAAGACUUCAAGAGGAAAAAGAAAGAAAAGAAAAAGAGGAACAAGAAGCUCUUAAUCAAAAACAGAAAUCUGAAGAGGAAUAUCGACUUAAACAAGAAUUAGCUGAAAAAGAAAAAAUAGAGCAAGAGAAAAGACUUCAAGAAGAAAAAGAAAGAAAAGAAAAAGAGGAACAAGAAUCUCUUAUUCAAAAACAGAAAGCUGAAGAGGAAAAACGUCGAAAACAAGAAUUAGCAGAAAAAGAAAGAAAAGAAAAAGAGGAACAAAAAACUCUUAUUGAAAAACAGAAAGCUGAAGAGGAAAGACGUAUAAAACAGGAAUUAGCUGAAAAAGAAAACAUUGAGAAAGAGAAAAAACUGCAGGAAGAAAAGGAAAGAAAAGAAAAAGAGGAAAAGGAAGCUCUUAUUCAAAAACAGAAAGCUGAAGAGGAAAUACGUCUUAAACAAGAAUUAGUUGAAAAAGAAAAUAUUGAGAAAGAGAAGAAACUUCAGCAAGAAAAAGAAAGAAAAGAAAAAGAGGAACAAGAAGCUCUUAUUCAAAAACAGAAAGCUGAAGAGGAAAACCGUCUAAAAUAUGAAUUAGCUGAAAAAGAAAACAAAGAGAAAGAGAAAAAACUACAGGAAGAAAAAGAUAUAAAAGAAAAAGAGGAACAAGAAGCUCUUAUUAAAAAACAGAAAGCUAAAGAGAAAAAACGUCUCAAACAAGAAUUAGUUGAAAAAGAAAACAUUGAGAAAGAGAAAAAACUUCAGAAAGAAAAAGAAAAAGAGGAACAAGAAGCUCUUAUUCAAAAACAGAAAGCUGAAGAAGAAAACCGUCUAAAAUAUGAAUUAGCUGAAAAAGAAAACAAAGAGAAAGAGAAAAAACUACAGGAAGAAAAAGAAAGAAAAGAAAAAGAGGAACACGAAGCUCUUAUUCAAAAACAGAAAGCUGAAGAGGAAAAACGUCUCAAACAAGAAUUAGCUGAAAAAGAGAACAUUGAGAAAGAGAAAAAUCUUCAGGAAGAAAAAGAAAUAAAAGAAAAAGCGGAACAUGAAGCUCUUAUUCAAAAACAGAAAGCUGAAGAGGAAAACCGUCUAAAACAAGAAUUAGCUGAAAAAGAAAAGAUUGAUAAAGACAAAGUUGAGAAAAACAAAAAACUUCAGGAAGAAAAAGAAAAAAGGAAACAUGAAGCUCUUAUCAAAAAACAGAAAGUUGAAGAGGAAAAACGUCUUAAAUUAGAAUCAGUCGAUAGAGAAAAUAUUGAGAAAGACAAAGUUAAGAAAAAUAAAAAGCUUCAGGAAGAAAAAGAAAAAGAGGAACAAGAAGUUCUUAUUAAAAAACAGAAAUCUGAAGAGGAAAAACGUGUUCAACAAGAAUUAGCUGAAAAAGGAAAACAGAAAUCUGAAGAGGAAAAACGUGUUCAACAAGAAUUAGCUGAAAAAGGAAAA